AUGGAUCUACAUGCGUCCAUGCUGCAAGCUCGGGAGGGUAUGUGGAUGUGCUACGAUACCUGGUUGAGCAAGAGGGUCCAGAGCUACUUGGAUGUAGGCAAAUCAUUCGACGGGUCGACCGGCGCUCAUGUGGCAAGUUCAGAAGGCCAUAUGGAGGUGCUAAGGUACCUCGGAGAAGUUGGGGGGCGCGAGUUGCUGGCGCAGGCGGACGAGGCAGGAAGGACAUGCGCGCACUACGCCAGCAAGGGAGAGCAUGUUGAGGUUCUCAAGUACCUCGAGGAAGUAUGUGGACUCGAAAUCCCUGAUUGA